GGUAACUGCAUUCAUUUGCAGCACCACCUACUUCACCAGUCUAUAUCUGUUCUACAGGGAAACUAUUUCUCUUGUGCAAAGAAGGACCUUGGGAAUAAGAGGUGGUGAAGCUUCAUGGGUCAGUAUUCUUAAAAUUUGAAGAGUUGUAUGAGAUACCGACUCCAUAAUCCUGGCCCUUGCAUCUCUGACUCGGAGGUAUAAGGAAAAGAUGCACUUUAUCCAAAGACAACUGUCUCAUCUAUCCAAGUGCAGCUCGGGAUCUGGCUUCACUCAUCUUUUGACUGGGAUAGGCCAGGGCUGGGCCAAGUAUCCAUUUGUAUUGUAAGCCUUAGACUAUUUGUGCAAGUAUCUUGAGCUCAAACUCUUAUCGGUCCCACAUUGGGCAACAAAACCAAGCAGCUCUGGUUUCACCGGCAGGAUGCCAUGAAACAGAUGCCUGCACAGUCACAGCCAAACUAGUGUCCAAGUACCAAAAUAGCAGUCAGAUGACCACAAGGGAGUUUACCACAUUCUGUCCAGAGCCCAGAAGCAGCAGCAGCUAAAAGUAGGCACAAAACCCACAUGCUUUGGGAGGAACAACAGGGACGGCACCAUCCUCACCAGGGACACAAUGAGGUCGCUCCGUUUCAUUUCUGCUGAAGCCUUGGUGUCCCACCCCCAGCUGGCCCAGGAGAACCUGGACCAUAUAGCCUACAACCUCUACCCACUCGUGUUCAAGGCCAGUUACCUGCUAGAGCAGGCAGAAGUAACUCGUGCUGUGCUGAGUCACUGGCCACUAGAGGAGUUCCGGCUGGCUGCGCUGCUGGGACCAAACACUGACCACCCUGAAGACCUGCGUGAUCGUGCCUGCAAGACCUGCCUGGAGGCCUGUAUGCAGGGCCUUGCUGACCAUGUGCUGCAAAGAGGGAGCCACCGGCUUCGGGUAGCUGAUUUCACAGGCAUCCAGGACGUACAGGUGCAGCAAUGUCCUUGUGGGAGGGCACUGGGAAGGUGGGGCCGCACAAAGGUGCUGGCCAGGAUCUGCUGCCAGCUCCAAGCACAGCCCUGUACAGCUAGGCACCCUAUUGAAGUCUUCACUGACCUCUUUGUCACAGAAGGCAACUUUGACAUGGUGGUGCAGGCCUUGAAGCCAACAGGCCCAGCCCCUCUGCAAGUCUGCUGCCCUUCCCUCCGUGCAGAUAGCCUGAGUCCAGGGCAGCUCCUUCAAGUGCUUGGUCUAGCUGGGCCAAGCAAGCUGAGAAAGUUGGAAGUAGUACACAAUGUACGGUUACAUGUUGGCCAUGUACAGCAGCUGCUUGCCCAGGUGGGCUUCCCUCAGCUGACCUCACUCACCUUACCCACCAAGGCCUUUGAUGCACCACCCACCUGUGCCCCAACUCCAGAGGGUGAGGAUCCCCUCCUCAACUCUAUUGCUUGGGAGCUCAGCCAGAUGAAGAAGCUCACCGAGCUAAGUGUAGCUUUCUCUACACUGACUGGGAAGAUCCAAACACUGCUUAGCCCCUUGAAGACUCCACUAAGAGUGCUGGACCUGGCCAACUGUGCCCUUAAUCAUGAAGAUAUGUCCUUCUUAGCAGAUUGUAAGCACACUGCCCACUUGGAGGUGCUGGACCUCAGUGGACACAACCUGGUCCAUCUGUACCCUUCUUCCUUCUUCAGGCUGCUGAGCCAGGCUGCCCAAACACUGAGAGUACUCACCCUUGAAGAAUGCAACAUCACAGACAACCAUGUUGGCAUGAUGAUUCUGGGCCUCAGCCCUUGCAGCCAGCUCCAGGAGUUCAAGUUCCUUGGAAACCCACUGUCAGCCAGUGCUCUCCAGCGCCUAUUUGCUGCACUGUGCGAACUCCCUAGGCUCCGCCACAUUGAGUUUCCAGUGCCAAAGGACUGCUACCCUGAGGGCACCGCCUACCCACAGGAUGAGAUGUCUGUGUCCAAAUUUGACCAACAGAAAUACGACAUGAUUGCAGAGGAUCUGCGAGCUGUACUGCUUCGAGCUAGCCGGGAGGACAUCCAAGCCUCCACCCCCCUUUUUGGAAGUUUCGACCCAGACAUUCAUGAAACCAGCAAUGAACUCGGGACUUUCUUGCUGCAAGCUUUCAAAACCGCUUUGGAAAACUUUUCCAGAGCACUAGAAGAAAUGGAGUAGGCCCUGUAAAUCAUACCACAAGAGGCUGUGCAUUCUAACUAGCAUGGUGCCCUGAGGUCAGUCCUGGGUCAGGUCAGGCCCAGCCAUUUGUCACCAGCAGUAUCACUGCCACAGAAUUCUUUAGUGAAAACUGCAGUCAUACUCAUUACAUGCUCGGAGAGGAAGCCCAGCUAUAUAAAUGGGUGUGUGUCAGCACGGCAGAGUCCUAAAAUAAAGGGGACGCCACCUAGAGCGACAGACCUGUCACCAAGGUAGAAAGUGGGGGGGAAUGUGGACACCAGGGAUGUAGUGGGGGCAGGGUCAACUUGGCCCUGAUGCAGUGAGGAGGAAGUGAGAAAACUCAUCACAGAAAAUGUGUAAGAGCAGCAGCUCAUACAACAUAACCAGAGAAAGAAAGACACAGAAUAAAAGUGAACUGGACCCGAGCCUAGGAGAAGCUUAGCUAUGUUCUGUCUGUUGUACUUUUUAACCAGAUGAGAUCCGCCUACACAGAAAGGUGAGGGAGAGGGGAUUAUCUUUUUUUUUUUGCCCUUAGCUGUCUUGGCUUUGUUUCCAAUCUUAGCGUGUUUGCACCAUGGUUUGGUGACUGAGGACAUCUAGCUACUAAAAUAGUCCUUAGUAUUCUUGGAAUAUUCUGACCCUGUUUUCCGCUUUGCAUACAGACCUUAAGACAGGCAUGCCCAGCCGGGUGUUGGUGGCGCACGCUUUUAAUCCCAGUACUCAGGAGGCAGAGGCAGGCAGAUCUCUGUGAGUUGGAGACCAGCCUGGUCUACUGAGCGAGUUCCAGGACAGGCUCCAAAACAAUACAGAGAAACCCUGUCUCGAACACCUCCCCCCCCCAAAAAAAGACAGGCAUGCCCAACCUGAACAGUCCAUGUAGCCAUGGUGUCAGAGGAUAGCUAUGAAUGCUGCCCACCACAAAACCAUAACCUUAUCUAAGACAGAUUAUGCUUAUGAAAUUUGUUGACUCAGUUAUAGUUUUCAAGCAUGCACUUUGUAUAUGAUAGCGUGCAAAUCACUGCUCUUCAGAGUGGCUGAGACCUGGAGCUUUGCAACUCCUCUCAGGAGCAAAUCACCAAAUGAUGAAGACCCUGCCUGGACUUCAUUUCCAGCAUCUGCUUUGCAAAAUUAUUAAUGUAAUUAAAUGCUAAUAAAAUAGGAAUGUGGCUUAA